AUGAACAGCGCUUUUAUUGCCUGCCGAACUGAGAAGCAUAAGUCGGAACUGAAGGGCUCUAUGGCUACUUGGGAGGAAUAUCUAGCCACUCAGCAGUCUGUCGAUGGAGUGCAGUUCACGUGGAACUUGUGGCCCCACAGCAGAGUAGAUGCGCAACGACUCGUAGUUCCUGUAUCUUGUUUUUUCACACCUCUGAAGGAAAGGCCAGCUGAUCAGCCACAGCAACCGCCUCUCGAGUAUGAUCCCGUUUUAUGUCAGAAAGCUAGUUGUAAGGCUAUCCUAAAUCCGUUAUGUUUCGUGGACUUCCGCGCUAAAACCUGGGUGUGUCCUUUCUGUAACCAGAGAAACCCAUUCCCUGCUCACUAUGCCGCAAUCGCUGAGGAUAAUCGACCACCCGAACUGUAUCCGCAGUUUACAACGAUAGAAUACACGCUGAAGAAAGCUACCACAAUGCCGCCAAUCUUCAUGUUUGUUGUGGACACUUGCAUAACUUCUGAUGAACUCAAGGCACUGAAGGAAAGCUUGCAGACAGCUCUGUCACUGCUUCCCGCCGAUGCUAUGGUUGGCAUAAUUACUUAUGGUCGAAUGGUUCAGCUGCACGAACUUAACGUACAAGGAAUCAGCCGAAGUUUUGUAUUCAAGGGAACUAAGGAAGUUGCACAAAAGCAACUGAAGGACAUUCUUGCAAUAAAUGUUGGCGGAAGUGCGCGUGUUGCACAUCCUUCCGGACAGGCAAACGCUCAAGGAGCCCCUGCGGGAGCACCAAUGAAUGCAAUGGGAGGUGUACGACCUGGACCUGGUCCCAUGCCAGGCGCACCAAAUGCAGCAUAUCCAGGUGGUCCUGCAGCACCAGUUGGCGCACCAGGUGCACCACAACAUUUCAACAAGUUUUUGCAGCCAAUUAGCGAAUGUGAUGAGUCGAUCAACGAUAUUAUUGACCAAAUAAGUGUGGAUCGCUGGCCUGUACCUCAAGGACACCGUCCUCUUCGCGCCACCGGAGCUGCCUUGGCUGUAGCUGUCACUCUGCUAGAGCAAUGCUUCCCAAACACUGGAGCAAGAAUUAUGACAUUUGUUGGAGGCGCUUGCACUUAUGGACCAGGAGCUGUAGUAGGGGAGGAGCUGAAGACGCCGAUUCGUUCAUGGCACACUAUAAAGGAGGAUAAUGCUAUUUUUAUGAAGAAGGCGACAAAGUUCUACGACUCGCUUGCAUCUCGUGCUGUCAAGAAUGGUCAUGCGAUUGACAUCUACUCAUGUGCACUUGAUCAGACCGGCCUUCUAGAGAUGAAGAAUUUGUAUCAUUCAACAGGAGGCAAUGUCGUCAUGGGAGACUCAUUCAACUCAUCGCUGUUUAAGCAGACAUAUCAAAGAGCUUUUGACAAGGAUGCAAAUGGUCAACUAAAGAUGGGAUUCAAUGCUACCAUGGAGGUGAAAACUGGAAACGGCUUGCGAAUCGAGGGUGUACUCGGUUGCUGCGCAAGUGGAAAUGUACGUAACGCUUGCGUUUCUGACACCGAAAUGGGCAUUGGUGGAACGUGUCAGUGGAAGUUCUGCUCUCUCACAUCUAGGAGUACACUAUGUGUACAAUUCGAAAUCUCUGCGCAGCAUGGAUCAGCGAUUCCCCAAGGCGCCCGAGGGAUGGUACAAUUUGUCACACAAUAUCAACAUGCUGAUGGAAGGAAGAGGAUCCGGGUGACGACCACGUGCAGGUCGUGGGCGGACAUGGCAACUCAGCAGCCGAAUAUUGCGUAUGGUUUUGACCAGGAAGCUGGUGCAGUGGCAAUAGCCCGAUUGGCGUCUUGGCGCGCAACGAAUGAAAAUGACACGCCGGAAGCAUUGAGGUGGCUCGAUCGAACGCUCAUCAGACUGUGUCAAAAGUUUGGAGAGUACGCCAAAGAUGAUCCGAACUCAUUCCGAUUGUCGGACAAGUUUUCGCUUUUCCCACAAUUUAUGUUCCACUUGAGAAGAUCACAGUUCUUGCAAGUAUUCAAUAAUUCUCCUGAUGAAACUGCAUACUACAGGCACAUUCUUUUCUCUGAAAAUGUUCUCGAAAGUACGACUAUGAUCCAGCCAGUGUUGUUCAGUUACUCCUUCAGCGGUCCACCUGAACCAGUGCUUCUUGAUACGUCAUCGAUUCUACCAGACAGGAUACUUCUUAUGGAUGACUAUUUCCAUGUUCUGAUCUACCAUGGGCAGACGAUAGCUGCAUGGAAGAAGAUGAACUAUCACGAGGAUCCACAGUACGCUACCUUUAAGCAGCUACUUGAAGCGCCUGUGAGCGACGCUACAGCUAUCCUCCAAGAACGAUGGCCUAUGCCUCGAUAUAUUGUGACUGAGUACGAGGGAUCACAGGCCCGUUUCCUGCUAUCAAAGGUUAAUCCAUCACUGACACAUAACAAUCCGUACGCAUCGGAGGGAGGAGCUCCUGUGUUCACAGAUGACGUUUCUUUGCAAGUAUUUAUGGAGCAUUUGAAGAAACUUGCUUCAUCCUCGUCCACAUAAUCUCGACGCAUCAAACUAAAAUGUACAACAUUACCAUGAAAAGAGAAGAUAAUGGAAGGCUUGUUAUCUAGUAUAUCUCUUUGCCAAUUUUUCCUUUCAAUUAAUCAUGUCUGUUAAGAUUUACUCUUUCAAUUCGUAUUGUCAUCGAGUUGAGAUCAGUGUGAUAUGAGAGUGCUUGUCUUGUUAUCUGUUUCUGGAGUUGUUAUAUAGGGGUCGAAUGAGUAUCUUAUAAAAUAUAUGCCUUUCCAAUCCUGUUUUCAUGGGCAGUUCAUAGUGUUUUUAUAUUUAUUUCUUUUCCAAUCAUAAAUUCAUUAUGCAUUCAUAAAAUAAGCUCAGUAAAAUUGGAAUCUGUGCAGA